CCAGACCUUUGGCACAGUGGCGGCGCGAGCAGCGUUUGUGUUUAAGGUGGGGUUACCAGGGAAUAUGUGACACAGCCCUCUAAGUACGUCCGUAGAAAUGCGCCGGAUCCUUCACCAGGUUCAGCAAAGCCAUCGAUCCCGACAUAACCACUCGACUCAGCAAGCCCAGAUGACCAUGCCCAGCUCGGCGCUUAGGCCCCCUACGGCUCAUAGGCCAGCCGGCAUUUCAUCUACCGAUAGCAUUUCCCUCGAUCUCUACCUUCGCCUCCGGCAAUUGGUGACCAAUGGCUUUGGUUGGUGUGCAAACGCUUUCGGAUGCCACCCCAGUAUCUCCCCGGACGAUCAUAUUUAGCGUGGUACACUCCCUGCCAAUCACGUUCGCCAUCUUGCCACAGUUGCACCCUUUGAGUUCAAAAGUGCAGGGGGAAGCCAUUUUUGUUGGAUACGCGGUAGGUAUCUAGAACGCACGAUGGGGUGGAUUCAAUAGAUUGUGGAGCAAAAAUUGAUGAUCUUAUUGAUUGAAUUCUUGAUGAUGCCUUGUCUGCU